AUGCUGCUCACUUCCGAGAAUCUUUCCACUGCUACUCUAAGCGUCGCAAUUGUCUUCGGCGUGGCUGCUUUCAUCCUUCCAUUCUUCUCCAACUCACCAAAGGCCAGAUACUUCGACUCACAAUCGUGGGCAGGACUACAGAAGCAAUGGUUCGCCCGGUUCCGUGCAGGCAUUGCCUCUCUCACCAAGACCCAAGUCAUGCUAGUUGAAGGCUACAACGAGUUCUCGAAGAAUGGAAAGAUUUGGGCCCUGCCUCAGUUUUUCCACGAUCCAUUAAUCAUGCUACCCGUCCAAAAGAUUCAGGAAGUCAUGGCACUGCCGGAUGAACAGCUCGAACCUCAUGAGGGCAAUGCCGAAAGUUUCCAGCCCAAGUACACUGUCGGAGAAGAUGUCGUAACUGGACCUCACACCGACAUAGUCCGAAGGCAACUCACCCGUCGACUUCCUACGCUGACCGCCGACGUACAUGAAGAGCUAGUACUAGGAAUGGAGCAAACUUGGGAUCCCCAGUUCGAGUGGAAGUCGGUCAAGGUAUUUGGAUCGAGCAUGGAGAUUGUUAGCCGGGCCGCGAACAGAGUCUUUUGUGGAACUGAGUUGUGUCGCAACCCCAAAUUCCUCGAUGCUACCCGGGAGCACGCGGUUGGAGUGUUCGGGACCGGGUUCAAACUCAGCGUAUUCCCUCCGUGGAUGCAUCCUAUUGUAGGACCGUUUGCUGCAUAUCCAGUCACGAAGAAUCGGGCAAUCGCCAAGCGCAUCUGUGUCCCUGUUAUUCGGGAAAGGGUACACAACAUACUGAAUCCAGACCAGGCGUUGAAGAACAACUGGGAAGCACCAAACGAUGCGCUUCAAUGGUUGCUAGAGGAUCUAGUCGCUCGCGGAGACAUCACCCCGAAGAAGAUGAACAUGGACUUGGUCGUGCGACAGUUGCUCUUCCUCAACAUGGUUGCCAUCCACACAACAAGCAUGGUCAUAACGAAUACCAUCCUUGAUCUAUACAGCCAUCCCGAUUCAGAGACAUUUAUUGCAGGCCUACGAGAAGAAUGCGAGAGAGUCUUUGCGGAGCACCACGGCCAGUGGUCCAAGGAUGCCGUCAACCAGCUCGUCCGCGUAGACUCCGUCAUCCGUGAGACGAUGCGCAUAUCCACCCUGACAGAUUUCGGAUUCCGACGAGUGGUUCGACCUUCUUCCGGCAUUACUCUCGCCGAUGGUACGCAUAUUCCCCACGGCGUCAUGAUUGCUUUCCCCAACUAUUCCAUCCAACGAGACCCAGCUUUCUACCCCGAGAAGCACGACACAUGGGACGGCUUUCGAUUUUCCGCCCCUCGCGAACAGAAUCAGGGCGCGAAGAAAGAUUUGUCGAAAGUGCUUGAGCRGAAGAAUCAGAAUUUGACCGCUAUUGGGCCGGAUUUCCUCCAAUUUGGUCUCGGGAGGCAUGCGUGCCCAGGACGAUUCUUCGCUAGUCAAGAAAUCAAGUUGAUGCUCGCACAUAUCAUUAUCAACUUUGAUAUCAGGGUUCCCGGGGGCAGACCUCCGAAUUUCAAUUUUGCGGGCCAAUCUGUCCCGUCUGAAGAGGCGGAGAUUCAAAUCAAGUUGCGGCAAUGA